AGUUUCAAUUGUGAGCACACCUACGACCAAGCCAGCCUUGUGAGUGAUUCUAAUGUUAUGCUGUAACAUAAUUCCCAGGUACCUUCAGGACAAUAUCUAAAAUAGCUCAGAAGAACAAAUUUCACUGUCUCUGUUUGCUCUGGCCAGAAGAGCGAAGCCUCCUUCUGUACGGACUGUUAGCAGGAGUCUAAUUGCUCUAAGCAGAAGAUCAAGACCCAUCUUUUCUGCCCUGGUUGGUCUCAGCAGGAAGACAUAUGCUUUUGGUAGACGAUCGAGACCUUUUCUCAGAGCAAUGUUUGGUCUCAGCAAAAAGACAUAUUCUUUUGGUAGAAGAUCAAGAUUUAUUUUCAGGACAAUGUUUGGUCUCAGCAGAAGGGCAUAUGCUCUAGGCAGAAGAUCAAGACCCAUUCUUUCUACAGUGUUUGGUCUAAGUAAAAGGACAUAUGCUCUGGGUAGAAGAUCAAGACCCAUUCUUUCUACAGUGUUUGGUCUAAGUAAAAGGACAUAUGCUCUGGGUAGAAGAUCAAGACACAUUCUUUCUAGAGUGUUUGGUCUAAGUAAAAGGACAUAUGCUCUGGGUAGAAGAUCAAGACCCAUUCUUUCAACAAUGUUUGGUCUCAGUAAGAUGACAGUUUGGGCAGCCAGGAGAUCAAAACCCACAGAUAUCACAAUGCUGACUGUCAGAAGAAAAACAUACAAAACAAAGUCAUUGAUUUCAAGUAAACACCUCUCAGAGACUGAGAACAUGCCACUGUUUUUCAGUUCCGCUCUCAUAACAUCACAGAAAUGUUUAGUGCCAUCGCUGGAGGCUGUAAUAGCUUUUAAAAAAUGCUUGGAAUUGAUCUUGGAAGCCAUCUUGGCUCUUAGUAAAUGUUCCGGACCAAUUCUGGAAGGCCUCUUUGCCGUUAGCAGAUGCUCCCGACCCACUGCGGAAGCCAUCUUUGCCCUUAGCGAAUGCUCGAGACCUGUGCUGGAGGCUGCUGCUGCUUUAGGAAAAAGCUCUGGGACUGGGAUUCAAGCCUUUAUUGCCAUUCGAAAAUGUAGCGGACACAUGCUUGAUGCCGCCAUUCAUCUGGGCGGGUGCUCCGGGCCCCUGCUCGAGGCUGUCAUCGCUCUUGGUAAAUGCAGCGGCCCCACGGUGAAGGCCAUUGCUGCCCUUGCCAGGUGCUCGGGUCCCAUGCUGAAAGCUACCGUUGGCAUCAGCAAAUGCUGGUGCUUGCUAAUUUCAGCUGCCAUGCUACCUUUUGAUGGCGACGCCAAUACUUUACCAUGAGGACAAACAAGGGCAUAACAGGGAAUUUUAUCAAGUUACAUUUCUUUUAAGUAUUGUUUUUAAAGAGUUUUUUAAUAGUAUGCAUACUAACCUUCGGAUGAAAUGCUUAUGUGACGUGACAAAUCUGUGUGAGGAUAUGCCGUUGAUGUAUUAUGCGGAACUAUUUCAUAAUAAAAACAUUUUUAGUUAAGCUAUAUGUUUUUUUCCCUACACUACAGAUCAAGUAGCCAUAUAAAAUGCACCACAAGUGUAGAGUGGAUUAAAACGUUUAGUCUACAAUCUUACACGACAAUGUUUCUUUCG